AUGGGUGUGGCUAUCGACCCGUCUGGAUUUGGUGUUUAUGUUGGUAUGCUGCGUCGUAUCGCCAAUCACGAGAUGAAAGAGAUGAAAACGCUCGAGCAACAGCUGCAACGCGAAGUUGCUGAGAAACUGUUUCGGAUCACGAAGGAGAAGUUCAGCGACGGAAGUCGACAACAAGCGUUGCAGGAGAUGCUUGAUCAAACAAAUGAGCGGUCAAGUCAACAUAAAAAGAAUGAUGUAUCGCAGCACAGACGUGACGGCAAGAAGAGUAGUAUGCAGUCGCUCUCGUUGGACAUGCUCAAGCGUGUUACUGAUGUCGAUGUAUACCUGGACAACGUACUGCGGCGAAAAGCUGCAGCAGAUGCAAAGAGCCAACAGAAGUUUCGCAGACCCAUAUCAUCACAAGAGAUUGCAGAGACCGACUCGAAGCUUCGCAAUCAGUUGUCAAGGUUUCUAGUGUCAUCGCAAAAGAGCCGACAUCACUCGAGACUCAAGGUCGUGACAUGGGUGAUCUGCAGCAUCAUGGCAAAAACAUACGCGUUGCUGCUAAGCGAUGACAAGCUACCCGAUGACGACGGCUUGGACGACCAAAAAUCGGCAGCUGUGACUGAACAGGCCAAAAGUGACAGGGAAGAGUGCGAUUGUUGCUGUUUGGGCGAGGACUCUUGUACAUGCUCGUGCAGCUGUAAGUGCCAUGUGGAAUCAAGUGAUGACGAUGUUGAAGACGAUGAUCGCCAGGACGACGAUGCCGAGGAGAAGAUGGGGUCCAAAACUUUGGGCAAGACGGAUCAGUUUCCUGCUAUGCCAACAGAUCCGUUUGCUAGCAGGCUGGGGAAGAUCACCCUGGAAGUCGAUGUGACGAUGGAACAAGUGCAGACCGAGAUUGAGAAGUUUGCACACAUUCUGCAGUCACGCGGCGACCUACCUCAAACAGGGAAAGACAUGCUGUUGGUGUUGUCUUCUCUUGAAAACCAUUUGAUCAGUGCGUUUUCUGAUAAGAGCAGCACCAUUUUGUGGGCUGGGCGGCGAUCUGUGCUCGACCUUUUGUCCCACCUACUCAACGGUGCUGAGGACGAAAGUGAAGAAAACGGAUUCAGCGCAGGUAGGUGGCUACUUGGCCUGAUGUCCUCAUCCAAACAAGGUAUGAAUGGCGAAUAUCCGUCGCAAGCGUUGGUCGAAGCGAAGCGUUUGCAUGAAGAAGUCAUGCCGUUUGUUCGAGAGUGCUGUGCUACCAUCUCUUCGUCUUCUGCGCUGUCAUCGCUUUCCAGCGAAAAGCAGCAACAAUGGAUCACACAUCGAAUUUGCGUCGCGCUCGGGUGUACGCGCACUGAAGAUUGUGGACUGCCGAGUGCUGACGAGUUGACCAAAUUAGUGGAGCAGGGACCUUGUGAGGUAGACAGUUCGGUGAUCAAAUACACCGGCAGUUUAGACCUCAACCACGGCGGCGGCAGGUAUGACGACGCAGUCGCGCGCGAGGGCGCAACAGGUGAGUCGACGCGAAAGCUCCUGGCGGAGCAAGCGCUGGAAAAGCUGCGCAAAUGCCCAUACUUGAUUGAUGUAUCACUGUAUAUGGACUGGCAAGAGCGUUAUGCUCCAGUAUGUGGAAGGUUGCUCUUGUUUAUUCGUGUGCAUGAAAUGAUGUUAGCUGAUCAUGCACCGUCAAGCAAUAUCCUGUUUGUGUGCUGUUUGGACGGCUCGAUAUUGCGCGUGAAUGAAGGAUCGACGUCGUCUGAUCUUGAGAUGCUGCUUGUACGGGCACAGGAAGAUCAUAUCCCUGUGGCUGCCAGUCAAGUGGCAAUCCACUUAGUGUCGAUGCUGGUGACGUGCAAGGGCCAUGCUAAUUUCCCGAAACAGCUCGUCAAAGCUCACUUGUGUGCCUACUUGUCCGACCGUGCCAAGGAUGAGACGGCUGGUAGCUACAGACAACGCUUUGUCGUAGAGGUGCUCAUGGAGACACCCGUGGAGUUUGCGGACUUCAUCAUGUCGUUACUGUUCGAUGUCGUCAGACAGGGUCCUGCGUCGGACGUCUUGGAUGAUUGGGCUGUUGCCGAUCAAGUAUGGAAAGCCUGCCGAAGUGAUGCAGAACGAAAAAUGCUAGUGCUUGUAUCACGCCGAUGCUCGUCGCCGUUGUGGAUCGAGCAGACAGAGAGAUGGUGCACGAGGCGUGAGGUUCUGACGCUUGCAAGUGUAGAAGAUGAUUUUGGUGGCAGAUCAAACGACAGGGACAAAGGUAUGAUGGACAUCGAGUCUAUGUCUGCACCACCUGGUCCUAGAACAAACAUCGGUAACGAAGUGAACGACGUGGUUUCUCAUCUCUUGGACACGUUUGAUUCCGAAGCAGCGUCUCAGAGCUUCCCUGACGACCGACCUGAUUGUAACGCUGUCGAAAGUGAAGUCUCAGCUAGGGACGUGGCUAGCGCAGAUUCGUGUCGUUUGUUUAUUGAAGAGUUGUGCAAGAAGCAGUUCGGUGUUGGGCUCCACAUCGAAGACGAGGCAACGACAUCAGUGCUGCUCAUUCAGCAGCAGCGACUCGAGCGUGCGCUCAAGCGGCUGAGUGAUGAGCUCUACAGCGAAAGCACGCACUUCGUUCUCGAGCUGUUGCAAAAUGCUGACGAUAACGCUUACGAUGAUGCCGUAGUUCCCCUCGGCGAGUUCACGGUAACGGCCGACCAGGAAAUUGUGUUUUACAAUAAUGAAAGGGGAUUCUCACCAGAGAACAUCCGAGCCAUUUGUGAUGUGGGUGCAUCUACGAAAGGUGCACCUGAUGCGGAGGCGAGUAUCGGUAAGAAGGGUAUCGGCUUCAAAAGCGUCUUCAAGGUAUCCGACAAUCCGCAGGUGCACUCGAACGGAUUCCACAUCAGCUUUCACGCUAAGGAUUCUCAGCACGGCAGUGGCAUGGGCUAUAUUCUACCGUAUUGGAUGGACGACGUUACUCGAUGGAAACAGCGUCGCGGUACGACGUUUGUGUUACCGUUGAACAGUGCGUCGAUACACAGAGCAGGUGACAUUUCGCAGUCGUUGAUGGCAUUUGAGCCGUCCGUGCUGCUCUUUCUUCGACGCAUUCGCGAACUUCGCCUGCGUGACUUGGCUCGGCAGGAGACCCUUCACUUUCUCAAGAAAGAGAGCAACUUGCACCGAGACACGCACGUUGUUCAGUUGCUUUCGCAAGUAAAAAGAAAUGGGAAAAGCGAAAACGUCGCGCAGCAAAGCUGGUUGGUGGUGAAGAAUGAACUGGAACCGCCGCUUCUGUUCCGUCGCAGUCGCCCGACCGAGAUCGCGCUUGCUCUUCCUGUCGCCAUUGAAAGAGAAAAGUCCAGUGGACGGGCCGACCGGCCACCACUUCAGCAGGUUUUCGCGUACCUGCCACUACGGUCAUAUGGUUUUCGGUUUAUUCUACAGGGCGACUUUGAGAUUCCGAGCUCACGAGAGGCGAUCACGAAUGGGAGUGAGUGGAAUGAGUGGCUAGUAUCCAAAUUCCCGGCACUUGUUCGAACUGCUGUAUGCAGUUACAUUGCGACUGUUGAAAGAGGUGAAGAGAGCGACGGUCAAUUGAAUGCUGAACAAGCGGUUGCUGCAAUCUCACACUUGCUUUCCUUGCUGCCUCUUGAAAACGAGGUGCAAACGCCAUUCCGAAGUAUGAUCCUAGAGAUGAUGCGUGAACUUCGCCAAGUUAAAUGGCUAGCCGGUGCUUCUUGCGAUCCAUCUUCAUUAGCAGUGGGUUUAUUUAUGCCAUCCGAGUUGAUCGAUUGCGUGGAGCUGACGGGCAACGACCUAACCGACGACAGUAUGGCGACGCUGCUGAAAGCUCUUGGUGAAGAAACCAUUGCGUCAUCGCUCAACAAGCGCUUCCUGCAUCCUGCUCUUUCUCAGACUAUGUCGGCGUCGAUGAAAAGCCAGCUGCUGAUUGAGCAGCUUCAUUCGCUGCAUUUGAUGCGGAUUCUGUCGCUAUCGGCGGAGAAGAACGAUAUCGAAUGGACGGUGCAAAUGUUGUCACUGCUUGCAAAGCUUUGGCAAAAGGACCGUCAGUCGCACUUGCGUCGAGAGGAGCUACGGUUGAUCAAGUGCUUUCCGUUGCAGCAAUCAGGCAACAACGACGGUACCGUCAGGUGGAUUUCGUUAGCUGACGGCCAGGACUCUCUCUUUGUAUCUGGCAACCAAGCUGGCGACCACGGCUCGACUCGCGAGAAGUCGUACAAGUUUUAUGGUGACCUUCGUAUUUUGGAUGACAGAUUCACGGCGGCUACUUUCAAGAGCUCAAAGCUGCGCGCGUUUCUGUUAAAUCAAGUAGGUAUCCACGUAGUGGAACAUCACGACUUGAUGCGACACCAUGUUCUUCCGGCGAUGGCGAUACUGCGUUCGCCUACUGAUACGGUGAACGACCAAGAUACGGGAAAGCUGGACGUCGGAGUAGUCAUUGAGUACGGGAAGUUUUUGUCUUCGCAUCUGGUAUCGUGCAAUAGUUGUCCGAUGCGCGACGACAUCAAAGCCAACAUGGUCGUUGCAGCUACCAGCGGUCGAGCUUUGGCGGUCGACGUGUCGAACUUGUUUGUUAUCUUACCGUCCACUUACCGGAGUGUGUCCGAGCUGAUAUCGUGGAUCACAGCGAAAGCCGAGACUGCUAGCUCAGACGGAAACGUCUUUGACAUUGUUUCAGGUGAUUAUUUCCUUGACAACGAUCGCACAGUUGCGAUGUGUGUAAAGAAGUCCUCGGCUGAGCAAUGGCGGGAGCUGCUCGUUGGUAUAGGCGACUUGCCUCAGCUGUUUGAUGUCGCGAGUCUGAUGUCGGAUCCACGUUCCCAGGCCGGAAUGGAGCAGUUGCUCAAGUGGAUCGAAAGCGAGGACGAUAUUGCAUUGAAACGCAGCAUUUCGAAACUUGUGACAGAAGUCUUGGACAAACUUUGGACAGCGCGAGAAAGCGAUGUUGGCCUUGAUCGCUCCUCCUGCAUUACCUCGAAUGAUGAAAUGGGCGACACAUACGGUUGGUGGCGACAGUAUUACUGGCUGGAGGGUUCCGAUGGCGAGUUUUACCGCCCGAUCGAUCUGUGGAUGUCGGUGGAAUCGGUCAUGCACUUGUUCACGCCUGCCAUGGUUACGUUUACGGCAACGGCGUGGAAAAGCAAAGACUUUUCCAGACGGGUUCUUGGAAUGCAUGCGGACGCAUCUGUAUCUGACGUGCUUUCUACUAUCUCAAGUCUCUCCGUGGACUCCUCGUUGACGUCAACACUGGAAAUCAAUCAGCUCGUUCGAAUGUACACGUUCUUGUGGGAAGAAAGUCAACGCUCGGAAGCUCAACGUGACGAUAUCGCGAAGGCUUUUUCGUGCAAAAGGUUGCUGUUCGUUACGGCCAUGUCUGAUUCGACCGAAAGUCAGAAUCGCUUCAUAUGUGCAAAGAACGCGGUAUGGUCAUCGUCGAUGCACUACGGUGGGCUUGUUGCGUUGGACACUCACUACCCAAAAGCACUAUGUGCGUUCUUUACUGAGGUAUGCGGCGUACAGCGAAAGCCGUCCAUUUCGUUUUUGUGCGAAGCCAUUACUGGACAAGCGUCUUGCAUGACAGAGUCUAGUAGUCGUAAACGAAGCGGACACGAGGAAAUGAGUUUGUGGAAGAAGUGUCUGCUUCCGCUUUUGUGCGCAGUGUCGAAACACGUGAAAAAGCACUCGUUGUCCAAGACAGAUACCAGAGAAAUCAAGAAGACCCUGAAGUCGACUCAUUGGCUACCAGCACGAGUUCUGGAUGGAUCGAACGAUGGUGUCAUGUUUUGUAGCUCAAGGGAUCAGCCUCUACUAGCGACAACGGAGAGCGAGAAGAAGCUGCAGAAGCUGGUAUUCUCGAUUGCUAAAACGAUUCGUGCGGGCUGUGAUGUAGACCUCGAUGAAGGUCAACAGACGAAAGUUAGAGAAGGUAUCAAAAUCAUACAGCUACAAGUUGUCGAGGGCGACGGUGAUCUUGAUGCGCUGCUUGGUUUUGCAAAAAUCAUGCCGUUAGCCGUCCAUCUCGAGACCCACGUGGGCACCUGGUGUAAAGCGUUUGCCCGCUUCACAACGUCUUCUCAGCUCGAUAGCAAGAAGGGGCGAAAGAAGUUGCUUAAGCUCGGACAGCUUUUGAUCAAAGCAUGGGCUAGUGCGUCGUUCUCGCUUUCGUCGGAUGACAAUCGGGAGAUUGAAUGGAGCUUGCAGAAUGCACGCAUCUUUCCAACGAUUGAUGAUCGUCAUCAAUGGGAGCCUGCCUCCAGUCUUUACAUAAACGAUCAAAGCGAGUUGUCCAAGGAAGAUCUCCAACAACCAGGACAAGCUGGGCUGGUGAUGUUGGGAUUGUUUCCAUGGAACUAUUUUGUGAAUGGUUCAGCAAGUGAAGGUAAAAGCAGCGAGGCGACACAAGUGCACAAGUUCCUGACCAAGUUUUGUCGUAUGAAGUCGCUCAAAGAGCACUUGCAGUAUGAAUUCAGUGUGCUUAGCACGCAACAGGCAGCGAGCGAGGCGUUUCAUGCGAAGAUCCGCACUGCAUUUGCUGUGGCCCAGCGAUGCUUGUUUUACAACCACCGGCAGCUGUAUGAUCAGCUACACCACGACUCGAUCGCGAAGCUCGCAUCGGAGCUUCAGUGUGUUCUGGUUGACGGUCAGGAUGGGUUUCAAGUGGUGUAUCGAGUUGGAAAUGCGUUCAGCCUUCGCCGCGGAGUGAAUGCAUUGUCACAUUGCUUCCUUGAUGUCCUGAAGAACACAAUGUACUUGUCGUCCGUGACGGGAGACGAAGAAGCGAGUGCACUCUCUGUGGUGUUAAUGGAGCUGUCCAGGAAACUCUUUGGCAGCCAAGUGGCCGCGAGCGUUGCGAAUGUGCUCUAUCUCAGCUUGAUGCAACCAAAUGCUCUCGUGAGGGAGCAGUGGCUAGUAGGGACGCAACUGUUGCCUCCGUUAUCUGCCAGUGAAGUGGGAAGUGCGUGGGUAGAGCAAUGUUCCACAACGUGCACGCUAUCUGGUACCGGAAGUCGCAAGCGGACAUCAGGGGACAUCGAAGAUGGCGAAAUCGCUGCAGAGAAUGGUCCCGUGGAAAAGUGCAUUGCUGGAGAGCAGAACUACCGCAAGACACAAGACACAUCGUUGUUCUCGACAAACUACGCAGCCACAUACGGGGAAAAGCAUAACACACUAGUGCCGAGACUUCCGUACCAGCCCCUUCCACCGCAGUCAGCAUACGGGAAUGCUGGUGGAGCACAGUACCAUGCACCGAUGCCUCCUUCAUCGUUUUCGGGGCCGACGAUGCAGUCUCUGUCAUUGUCGAACACGAUGACGAAGGAGGAGCGAGAGGCUAUCGGUCGCUGGGGUGAGGAGUACGUGUUUAACCAGCUCAAGCAGCAGCAAGCGGAGAACGAGUCAAACCUGACUGUGGAGUGGAUGAACGAAAAGGAGGAAUCGGGUCUUCCGUAUGACCUCACAUUGUCAUCUGGAAACCAGGUGGUGGAGUUUGUCGAGGUAAAGUCUACGCGGACGAUGGAGAAGGGUGUGUUCGAGAUCAGUAUGAAUGAGCUGGACCAGGCCGCAAUCCACGGUUCCACAUACUGCAUUUAUCGCGUGUUUAACGCAGGCAACGCUGCAUUAUGCCGAGUCAUUCGUAUGAAGAACCCUGUAUCGCUGGUGCGCCAGCGCAAGAUUCAGCUGGCACUAGUGAUGCAGUAA